AUGACCGGAGCUCCUGUCCUAGCCCUGCUGCUGCUGGGGCAGCUUCUGACGGCCACCUACGCGCAGAAAGUGGGACCUCGAGGCCCCCCUGGUCCCCAAGGGCCUCCUGGGAAGCCCGGCAAGGAUGGCAUCGAUGGAGAAGCUGGCCCUCCAGGUCUGCCUGGCCCUCCAGGACCCAAAGGGGCCUCGGGGAAGCCAGGGAAGCCAGGAGAGGCAGGACUGCCAGGACUGCCCGGUGUGGAUGGUCUGACCGGGAGGGAUGGACCCUCAGGACCCAAAGGUGCCCCUGGAGAACGGGGAAGUCUAGGACCCCCAGGACCACCAGGACUUGGGGGCAAAGGCCUGCCUGGACCUCCUGGAGAGGCAGGAGUGAGUGGACUCCCAGGUGGGAUUGGUCUGCGAGGCCCCCCGGGACCCUCUGGACUCCCAGGCCUGCCUGGUCCCCCAGGACCUCCUGGACCUCCUGGAAACCCUGGAGUCCUCCCUGAAGGUGCUACUGAUCUGCAGUGUCCUGCCAUCUGCCCUCCAGGCCCCCCUGGACCCCCAGGAAUGCCAGGGUUCAAGGGACCUACUGGCUACAAAGGGGAACAAGGAGAAGUUGGCAAAGAUGGUGAGAAGGGUAAUCCUGGACCUCCUGGGCCUCCUGGCAUCCCAGGCACCGUGGGACUACAGGGCCCACGAGGAUUACAAGGACUUCCAGGACCACUUGGGCCCCCUGGGGACCGGGGUCCCAUUGGGUUUCGGGGCUUCCCUGGGGUCCCAGGAGCACCUGGGAAAGUGGGUGACAGAGGUGAAAGGGGUCCAGAAGGGUUCCGAGGCCCUAAGGGUGACCUGGGCAGGCCUGGUCCCAAAGGAAUCCCUGGAGUGGCCGGACCAGGUGGAGAACCAGGCAUGCCAGGCAAGGAUGGCCAGGAUGGCGUGCCAGGGCUUGAUGGCGAGAAGGGAGAGGCUGGUCGCAAUGGUGCCCCAGGAGAGAAGGGCCCCAAUGGGCUGCCGGGGCUCCCUGGGCGAGCCGGGUCCAAAGGCGAGAAGGGAGAACCGGGUAGAGCUGGGGAGUUGGGUGAGGCUGGCCCUUCUGGAGAGCCAGGUAUCCCUGGAGAUGUUGGUGUUCCAGGGGAGCGUGGUGAGGCUGGUCACAGGGGCUCAGUGGGGGCCCUUGGCCCACAAGGUCCUCCUGGGGCCCCUGGUGUCCGUGGCUUCCAGGGCCGUAAGGGCAACGUGGGAGACCCUGGCCUUCCAGGCCCCCAAGGCCUAAGGGGUGAUGUGGGUGACCGGGGUCCAGGAGGUGCCACAGGCCCUAAAGGAGACCAGGGCAUUGCAGGUUCUGAUGGUCUUCCAGGGGACAAGGGAGAGCUGGGUCCCAAUGGCCCCGUUGGACAAAAAGGAGAGUCUGGAAGCCGAGGGGAACUGGGCCCCAAAGGUAUCCAGGGCCCCAAUGGUACCAGCGGCGUCCAGGGUGUACCUGGUCCCCCAGGGCCACUGGGCCUCCAAGGCCUGCAGGGUGUUCCAGGCAUCACAGGGAAGCCUGGAAUUCCGGGCAAGGAAGCCAGUGAACAGCGCAUCAGGGAGCUUUGUGGGGGGAUGAUCAGUGAGCAAAUCGCACAGUUGGCUGCACACCUGAGGAAGCCCUUAGCACCAGGCUCCAUCGGCAGGCCUGGUCCAGCUGGACCCCCAGGACCCCCAGGACCCCCAGGAUCCAUUGGUCACCCUGGUGCUCGGGGUCCCCCUGGAUAUCGUGGUCCCACUGGGGAACUGGGAGAUCCUGGACCUAGAGGAAGCCAGGGUGACAGAGGAGACAAGGGUGCAACAGGAGCAGGACUGGAUGGGCCUGCUGGGGACCAGGGGCCCCAAGGGCCUCAAGGUGUGCCUGGAAUCAGCAAAGAUGGUCAAGAUGGUGCUCAUGGUGAGCCUGGCCUUCCUGGUGAUCCUGGCCUUCCUGGAGCUGUUGGCGCUCAGGGAACCCCGGGGAUUUGUGACACUUCAGCCUGCCAAGGAGCUGUGUUGGGGGGGGGUGGGGAAAAGUCAGGUUCUCGGAGCUCAUAAACAGCAACUUUGGGAAAUGACAACGCACUCCAGGAGGAAGCAGGGAUCCUUCCUGGCCUGCUGUCUGGGCCCCCAAGAGCAUCUACUGGCACCACUGUCACUGUCCCACCUGCAGGAUUAAUGGCAGCCCAUUCAUCUGUGACAGCAUACCUCAGGCACAGGCCCUAGGGAUGGAGACUUUAGGGAUGUUGAAUCUCAAGUUUGUUUUUUGUUUUUUGUACAAUUCCAUGAGAUAAAUACACUCAGAGACUUGUUUACAUAACACUUACACAAAGCCUAUAAUAGACUACCAAUAAAGCAAUCUGCUAAAACUUCA